UCCUUUCUGCUCCGGCUUGGCCCGUGCGCCACACCUUCUCCUCCUUCGGUUUCUCUUCUCGGCUUCUCGCCUUCUUUUCCGCCGUCGCGCGCGAUCCAGUUCAGUUCAGAUCCCCCCCCCUCUCCCUCUCCCCCGGCGCAGUUGCGCUGCUUCCCCUCUCCUCCACUCCGCCGCCGCCGCCGCGAGGCGACCACCGCCCCUCGAGCAGGCGCCACCAAUGGACGACGAGCCCAUCAACGCGCACAAGCUCCUCAAGGAGCAGUUCGUCAGCAACUUGACGGGGUCUUCCCUGCUGGAGAUCGCCGCGCUCUCCACCGUGGUUCCGGCUGUGGUCGUUCUGAGGAAAUGGAGCUGCGGAGAUAAUACUAGGAAGAAUUCAUUGAAGAAAAAUGAUGAUGCCCUUCCUGGUCAUAAAGGUUUUGUGCAUUACUUCUCUACACUGGCUAUAGAUUACCUCAGUAUUGUAUUGCCAGUUCUUCUGAUUUUCACAGUUUUAGCUGAAUGGGCUUGUGCUUGUGCACUUUCUCUUGUAAUGCUGAUAUCUAUCCUCACCAUGUUUAAGAGGUCUCGAUCUCAUCUCAAAGCUGGACCAAAUGAGCUGCCUUUGCUCCGAGCAGAUAUAUCAUCAUACAGAGUAUCUGUGGUUCUAGUAACAUGCCUGUGCAUAUUAGCAGUGGACUUCAAAAUCUUCCCUAGACGUUAUGCCAAGGCUGAAACAUAUGGUUGUGGCAUCAUGGAUCUCGGAGUAGGGUCUUUUGUAGUGGCUAAUGCACUGGUAUCUAGACAAGCACGAAACUUUACUGCAAUGACCUGGAAUAAAGCACUGAUGUCUAUAAGCCCUCUAAUAUUUCUUGGUUUUGCUCGUCUCAUAUCGACAUCAGGUGUUGAUUAUCAGGUUCAUGUAGGAGAAUAUGGCGUGCACUGGAACUUCUUUUUCACCCUUGCAGCAAUUUCGAUCCUUACGUCCGUUAUCAGGAUCCAUCCUAAGUAUUGUGGAUUAGCUGGUCUGCUUGUGCUUACAGGAUUCCAAACGUGGCUCUCUUUUGGGUUGAAUGAGUAUCUCAUUUCUAAUGAAAGAAACGGUGGUAUCAUCAGUCAGAAUAAGGAAGGUGUUUAUAGCAUAUUUGGUUACUGGGGUAUGUACCUGAUUGGUGUUUCCUUGGGUUACAAUCUAUUCUUCGACAAUAGUUCAAAAGGCAAGAGUAGGAGCAGUCAAGUGGUAAAAGUUUGGGUUCUUGCUGCAUCUUUUUGGAUUAUGGCAAUCAUUCUUGACAGCUAUGUUGAAAGAGUUUCUCGACGAAUGUGCAACUUUGCUUAUGUUAUGCUUGUAUUUGGACAGAAUUUUCAGGUUAUAUCUAUUCUCACACUAGCUGGGUUUAUUUCAUAUGAAAAGAACCUGGUUCUUGAAGAUGCAUUCAAUCAAAAUAUGCUUGGUUCAUUCCUUCUGGCAAACAUCCUAACUGGUGUAGUAAAUCUCUCAGUUGACACACUCUCUGCCUCUUCCGGCACCGCCUUCAUGAUUUUAUCAGCUGACCGAAUUGAAUACAACAUGUGAAGAGCUCAUUGUUACAUUAAUUUGGCGUUAUUGUCAGAAUUUCACAUUCAGUAUCACAUACUGCUCUCCAGUUCUCGCCUGUCACGAUAGGGUUUAACCAUCAAAUCAGUAUGAAAAUGGCACCUCCCUUGAUUGUUACUUUCUGCAAUUGCUGUCUUAAGAUUUUUAAACUCGAUCGAUGUCAUAAUUUUAACCUGCUACAGCUAAGAAUAAAUAAACAUGAUAUAUAAACUCGAUUCUUUUAGAUCGUCCCUCUCAAAAUAAUAAUAAUAGGUGGGGUCGCUAUCUGUAUCUGGACGGUGAUUUCUAUGAGACUGACCAAAUAUUAAUCUCCCUGUAAUUAGGUCAACUUAAGUCAAAUAUUUGCUAUUUUACUGAUUCCCGGUGUAAUAUCAAUUUACGCCAUCUUUAUUUUGUUUCCCUUUUAGUUAAAAGUACAUAUAAUUUCCCAGAGCCGUCCCCAAAAAUCUUGGGGAACAAGACCUUAUGUACUUGGUGAAACCCCGUGCAUUGUUGCGGGAAUUUAGUAUGAUAAAAAAAAAUAAAGUGUAAUAUAGCUAGAUAACAUCAGAUUAAGUAAAUUAACGUGGUUUAUGAUAAUUUAAA